AUGGCUCCCUCCGCCAUCACUCCCGAGACCUCUCCUGAGCGCCAGAUCUCAGUCAAGAAGGCUGCCGUUCAGAGUCGGUCUCACAGCAGCUCUGUCUCAUCCGUAGCAUCUAUCAAGUUGAACGAUGGCAACUCCAUCCCUCAGGUGGCCCUCGGUGUCUACAAGGCGCCUAACGGCCAGGAGACCGAGGAUGCCGUCACUGCUGCCCUUGACGCCGGCUACCGUCACAUCGAUUCCGCUGCCCGAUAUGCCAACGAGGAGGCUUGUGGUCGUGCUAUUCGCCGCUGGCUUGAGAAGACUGGCACCCCUCGUGAGGACAUCUUCAUCUGCUCCAAACUCUGGGACUCGGACCAUGGCUACGAGGCCACGUUUAAUGCCCUUUGCACCUCUCUGGACAAGUUUGGCCUUGAUUAUCUUGACCUUUACCUGAUCCAUUCUCCUGCCGAGGAUGAGAAGAAGCGUCUCGAGAGCUGGCGUGCGCUUGAGACUGCCCAGAAACUGGGCAAGGUCAAGUCGAUUGGCGUUUCCAACUUUGGAGCCGCCCACAUUGAGAACCUCCUCAACAACGCAACCGUUGUGCCUGCUGUCAAUCAGGUUGAGGUGCAUCCCUUCUGCCAGCGUGAGGCUCUCGUCGAGCUUUGCAACAAGCACGGCAUCAAAAUUGAGGCCUACUCUCCUCUAGCCCGUGGCAAUAAAUUGGAAGAUCCCACCAUUGCUGCCAUUGCCAAGAAGUACAACAGGACUCCAGCCCAGAUCUUGCUGAACUGGAACGCCGCCAGAGGCAAUGUUGUCCUCCCCAAGAGCUUGACGGCGUCUCGCAUCCAGAGCAACCUGGAUAGCUUUGACUUCCAGCUGCUGCCCGAGGACGUUGAGAUCAUUAACGGUCUCGGCUCUGAGAACUACGUCACCGGCUCCAUGCACAAGUCCAAGGACUGA